AUGACAGACCAUAGCUUUGCUCCAAUGAACGAUAACGUGGGGCACGAUCUACAUACUGGGGCAGCAGAUUGUGACCAGAACCAGGGCAAGAGCCAGGGCCAGCAGGAGCCGGACCCUGAAGAUUUUCCACUGAUAAUUUCAGCAGAAGGAAGUUCCCAGCAGCGGCAGCAGCAGCAGCAGCAGCAGUCUCAGCCGUCCACUGGCAAGGAUUCGCUUCAGGUGCCACAGCGACCCGGUGGCGGACGAAAACGAGGAUUGUCGCUACGGACGCAGCUCUUCAAUAAAGCCUUCAACAUUCAAGAAGAAGCAAUAGAGACAGAAGAACCGCAGCACAAGGUGGCAUUUGAGUUACAAAACAAUGUGGAGAUCCAAGACAUUUCAAAAAACACACUCCCUACACUCCCUACACAGACACAGACACAGACACCAGUACCUGUGUUGCCACCGCUUCCACCAACAUCGCCGCAGAUCAACAUUGAUGCUGCUCCUGAGCCGUUUUCAUCGCUUCGACCUUCAUCUGCAGCACUCAAAUACGACCCUUACGGCUCGCAGGACUACAUUUUGACCCAGUCUUCAACGCACCUAACUAUCAAUAGCAUGAGAACCAGCCACAGCUCGAGUUCCUUUGUUGCCAAGCGAGAAAGACUCCACGGCACGUCGAAAAAUGCCUUUCUUAGUGCGGUAAUCGAUAUCAAGAAUCGGUUGCUCGGAAUCAAGAGCUUGCCCAGCACAGAGGCUGGCAGAAUCAUCCCUCUCAGUGUGAACCCGGGGUCGGUCAACUCAUACUAUCAAGACGAAUUCUACUCUACAAAGCUCAAGGGUUAUAUAGAUGAGCGAACAAACCAAGUAUACUGCAGCAAUUUAAUCACAUCUUCAAAAUACACCGUUUACUCCUUUCUACCGAAACAGCUCAAGGCCCAGUUUUCCAAAAUCGCCAAUUGCUACUUUAUGGUUGUGGCCAUCAUGCAAAUGAUUCCAGGCUGGUCAACCACGGGCCACUACACAACAAUCAUCCCCCUUUGCAUAUUUAUGUCGAUAUCGAUUGCCCGCGAAGGUUUCGACGACUGGAAGAGACAUGGUCACGACAAGGAGGAAAACAACAAAUUUACCACCGUUGUUCGAGAAGAUGUCGAACUUGGCAAUUACGAUGCACAAUCCAUCACCACUAUUUUAACGGAGACGAUUCCUGUUGUUCCUCGACCUGGUGCCCUGGGCAAAGGUUCCCUAGCAGUGCAAAACAUCCUGUCCAACAACUCGUCAUUUUCGGACAUUUUGGAGGCAGCAGGCGACGACUCCCUGCACCACGAGAGCCUUUCAUACACCAACAAGCACGCCAUGAAGCAAUACAACCUCAAGGAAAUCUCGACAAAGUGGAAAAACGUCAAGGUUGGCGACGUGGUGAAAGUGAAUGAAGACGAGUGGUUUCCUGCCGAUAUGAUCUUGAUCGCCACUAGUAACACAGAGACGCAAGAGGCAUUUGUAGAAACGAUGGCCCUUGAUGGAGAAACGAACCUCAAAUCCAAAGUUCCGCACCGUGAUAUCGCGGAAAAGGCAUCGACGGCACCAGGCUUGAAAAAAUUGCACGUUUUGGUGACUACCGAAGAUCCCAAUAUCGAUCUCUACAAUUUCGAAUCGUCUUUUGAAAUGAAUGACCAGAUACACCCGUUGGGGCCCGAUAACGUUGUCUACCGUGGCAGCAUAUUGCGAAACACCAAAUCCGUCUUGGGGCUCGUUGUCUUUACCGGCGAAGAGACCAAGAUCCGCAUGAACAAUAUCAAGAAUCCACGCACCAAGGCCCCAAAGUUGCAAAAGAAUAUCAACUACAUUGUGAUUUUCAUGGUGUUUGUGGUGAUUAUGCUCUCGGCAUUCUCGACAAUGGCCCAGCGUAUCCAGCACCACGACACCAAGGACCGCGCGUGGUACUUGUACCAUCAAGACGCAGGCGUGGCUGCCACGUUGAUGGGCUUUAUCAUCAUGUACAACACGUUGAUCCCGUUGUCGCUUUAUGUCACGAUGGAGAUUAUCAAGGUUAUGCAACUUUGCUUUUUGCAGUUUGACAUUGACAUGUACCACCAGGAAUCAAACACUCCAGCAGAGGCCAAGACAGCGACGAUUUUGGAAGAAUUGGGUCAAGUUUCUUAUAUAUUCAGCGAUAAAACUGGGACCUUGACGGAUAACAAGAUGGUUUUUAGGAAAUUUAGCGUGUGCGGGGUGAGUUUUUUGCAUGACUUGGAUCUAAUGCUCAGUGAGCGCACCAGCAAUAAGCCAGUCAUGAACCCGUUGGUUGCUUCUAGAGCCAGCAUGCAUUUGACUCGAUCUGCUGCUCGCAAUCAAAAGCAAUCUGAACCUGCAGAUGGCAUGGCGAAACCAAGAAUGAGCACCACGUCGUUGGCGCGUGAGAGUAUGGAUGUGAGACGUUCUGGCUUUAGCACCAAGACUUGGGUCUCCACCGCGCAGCCAAACAAAGUACAGGACAUUUCCAACUCGCUUCAAUUGUUGCGGUACCUACAAUCUCAUCCGCAAACACUCUUUGCCAAAAGGGCGAAAUUUUUCCUCUUAUCGCUCGCCAUUUGCAAUACGUGUCUCCCAAGAAAAAAGGACAAAAAUGCAUUGGCCAAGACCUCGCAACGACGGUUGAAUGAGUCGUUUUCUUCUUUGGAGGAGGUCACCGAGGAGGAUCAAGAGGCAGGACCAGAUGACGCAUCGAUUGUUUACCAGGCUGCGUCUCCCGAUGAAUUGGCGUUGGUGCAAGCUGCGCGGGACUUGGGCUACGUGGUGUUUGAUCGACAAGCCGACGUCUUGACCAUCAAAACGUACCCCAAUGGGUUUGAAGACGAUGCCGUGUUUGAAGAGUACCGCGUCUUGGACGUGAUUGAGUUCUCGUCGGCGAGAAAGAGAAUGUCUGCCAUUGUACGGUUCCCCGAUGGCAGAAUCUGCUUGAUUUGCAAAGGUGCCGAUAAUGUCAUUAUGGAAAAGUUGAAGAAUGCCAAGAUUGCCAAAUUGAAGGCAAAGGAAAUCUCAUUCCAAUCGCAGGAGAGGAAAAUGGAGGAGGCUGACGUCAUUUUGCAGUCGCGGUUGUCCCAGGAGAUGAUUGAUAAUCGAAAAUCGAUGCUGUCCAUCCGGCACAGUUUGAAUAUAGGAAGCGCAGUCUCGAACCGAAUGAACACCAUCGAUAACGCGUUGAUGGGGUUGGAGGAAGAGGAGAUUGAAAGUAUCGCCAACAAAGCGAGACAAUCGUUGCAUUUACAGCAAGCUCGACGCUAUACCUCAGAAAUCAGCGGGACUGAGCUUGCGCUCGACCAGCUGGACUUAACAAAGGGGAGAGAACAUGCUGCUUCUGCCAAUGGUCAAUCGAAUGGCACCUCGGCGCAAAUUCAAACACCCACAGCAAAUAUGAUUCCGAAUGAUAAACUCUUGGUCAAUGAAGAGUUUGUCAUUGAAAAAACACUUGAGCACAUUGAGGAAUUCUCAACUGAAGGAUUGAGAACUUUGCUUUACUCGUUUAAAUGGUUGGACAAGAAUGAAUACGAAGCGUGGCACACUGAAUACGCCAAGGCCAAGACGGAAUUGACCGAUCGCGCCAAGUUGGUUGAAAAAGUAGGUGGCCAGCUUGAAAACAACUUGGAGCUAAUUGGCGCAACAGCCAUAGAAGACAAGUUACAAGAAGGCGUGAGCGAGGCAAUCGUCAAACUUCGACGAGCAGGCAUUAAAUUGUGGAUGCUUACUGGUGACAAGCGGGAAACAGCCAUCAAUAUCGGCUACUCGUGCCGUCUCAUCAAGGAUUACUCAACGGUGGUUAUCUUGACCAACGACGAUGACCGCGAAACCAUAUUAAAGUUGAUCCAAUCGACACUAAGGGAAAUCAAAGGCGACCACGUUGCCCACUGUGUGCUUGUCAUUGACGGUGGCACUCUAGCUGACGUCGAAGCCGAUGCGGAAAUGUUCCCGCAGUUUCUCGAUCUUUGCGUCCACACGGACUCAACAAUAUGUUGCCGAGCCUCGCCCUCGCAGAAGGCCAGCAUGGUCAGCGCGGUGCGCAACUUAAACACCAAGGCCGUCACUUUGGCAAUUGGCGACGGCGCAAAUGACAUUGCCAUGAUACAAAGCGCAGAUAUUGGAGUUGGCAUCACUGGUAAGGAAGGGCUCCAAGCGGCGCGGUCUGCCGAUUACGCCAUUGCCCAGUUUCGAUUCUUGCUCAAGCUCUUGCUAGUCAAUGGUCGCUACAACUAUGUGCGGACGUCGAAAUUUGUGCUCUGCACUUUUUACAAGGAGUUGCUUUUUUAUUUGACCCAGUGCAUAUACCAGCGAAACACCUUGUUUUCAGGCUCCUCGAUGUAUGAAAGCUGGUCGUUGUCGAUGUUCAACACGUUGUUCACUUCGUUACCGGUGAUUUGCGUUGGGAUGUUUGACAAGGACUUGAAACCAGCAACGCUUUUGGCAGUGCCGGAGCUCUACUCCAAGGGCCGCUUGUACCAAGCAUUCAAUUUAAAAGUGUUUAUAGGGUGGAUGCUACUUGCCACGUUGCAAAGUCUCGGACUCACAUUUAUGGGCUUUUAUUGCUGGGGGUUCACUGCGUUGCGUGACAAUACGACAUUUGCGUUGGGCUCGUUGAUGUUUGCCGUUUUGGUGAUUGUCAUCAAUGCCAAAUGCACCAUAAUUGAAAUGCAGAAUCGGCAGUGGCUAGCAUUUGCCUCGUUCAUUAUCUCCGUCGGUGGAUUCGGCUUGUGGAACGUGUUGAUUAUGUUCCUUUACCGACUGAAGGAAUCGACAAUCUUUUUCGUUGCUUACGGGUUGUACGAAUGGGGGCGCGAUCAAAGUUGGUGGGCGGCCUUGUUGGUGUUUUUCAUGGUCCCCUUGUUAUUCGAUAUUUGCAUCAAACUAUUCAAGUUUAUGUUUAAGCCCAACGACGAUGAGAUUUUCCGAGUUUACGAGCAAGAUAUUGAAAUGAGGAGGUUUUUCGAACGGACCGCGUACAAGGAACUCUACCAAAGCUGGACGUUGCCACGCGACCAAUCCACCACCAAGGCAUUUAUUCUUAAACUCUUUAGCCAAAUCGGGUUGUGUGCAAAGAAACCAAAAUGUGAGCUUGAUGAUGAUAAUAUUGAAUUGAAGGAUAUCAACGCGACAGCAGACGGAGCUGCUGGGAAUGGAAAUGACUCGAGUGGCCGCAUGCAAUCUGCCAUCCAUAGGAAACGAGCAGGCACAAACCCCAUGGAUCACGAGUUGCCUCCCGGAAGUGGGGGCUACAAGAUAUACGGCGAGGAUUUCGUGCCUGGUGGUAUGGUGGACGAGGACGGGUACGAGACUUUACCUAGUGGCAAGCGGGUGCGCAUCAAGAAGAAGAAAAACCGUAGUGGCAAAUGGUCGUUGUCGAAAGCGUUCAAGAGGUCUACUACUGGUGGAGGCAUGGGCGAUGACGAUUCCGAUGAUUCGGAUGUUGACGCGAUUAUAAAUGAACGAUUGAGGAACUUGCGGAAUGAAGAAGAAGGGCAUUAG